AUGUCCACUCAAAAUAACACCAUACCUAGCUACGCCAACUGCCAUGAAGUUACCUCUUUCUGCAAGAUCGAGUACACUGUUUUUGGCGACUAUCUCUCCAAAGGGGCCUCGGCCUUCUUUGUCAUUACCUUCAUCAUCCUACUUCUCCUACAACUAUGGUAUGGCAUUCGUGGUAAAAUGUGGUCAUUUAUGAUUUGGCUCGGAAUCGGCACCUUGUUUGAACUCCUUGGCUACAUUGGGCGAUUUGCCUUAUCUAAGAACCCUUGGAACAUGAACGCUUUUCUCAUCCAGUACAUCACUCUCCUUUUGGCCCCAACACUACUCGCGGCCGCAAUUUCCAUCACUUUCAAAUAUCUCGUUAUAUGGUACGGACCACAAUGGUCUAUACUGCGCCCCAAGCUUUAUCCUCUUGUUUUUGUUGGGUCGGACAUUGUCUCUAUUUUUGUACAGGUUAUCGGCGGUGGUAUGAUGGCUACAAGUACGACAGGUAAAGGCAACGAAACUACCACUAAACUUGGCGAAGGUCUUGUUAUUGGUGGAAUUGCAUUUCAGGCUGUCAACAUGCUGUGCUGUGCAACUCUGAUGCUUAUCUAUGCAAAGCGACGCAGGUCGAGCUUGCGCGUUGGGUUUGAGGAUCUGAACCGAGUCGAAUCUCCUCCAGUGUGUGUUGAAAACAGCGCGAAAAUGGCCAAGAGAAUCAAAGUGUUCUGUGUUAUUCUAGGCAUAGCCUACACCGCUAUCAUCAUUCGUUGCACCUACCGCAUAUUUGAAGCACUGCCAGCAACAUCUGCAAAGGUCAUAAGAAACGAAACCCUGUUUUACGUUUUUGAUGGCUCUUUAAUACUGUUAGCCACUGGACUUGUUACAAUAUUUCACCCCUACAGGAUGUUUCCCACCCUUGGGCAGAAAGACCAACAAGAACAACACUUCGGCUUGCAGUAG